AUGCAGCAUUUACACUAUGUUUUGGCACUUUUCGCUGCUGCUGGCACAGCAAUAGCACGCCCUUCUCUUGUUGACUUUGGAUCUAUGUCUAUGAACAAUAUCUUCGGCAGAGAAACGACCAACUUCUUCAAUCCAGAUGACUUGACGUUUAUCAAAAGGCUUGCAGCUGUGGGAGACUCAUACUCAGCAGGCAUUGGAGCUGGAGACGGCUUACACGGCGAAGGAGAUGAGAACUGCCGGCGAUAUGACCAUUCUUACCCAUAUCUCAUCAAUCAAGAUGAGAGACUGGGCGACGCAGCCAACAGGAAGUUUCAGUUCAAGUCUUGCUCUGGCGCGGUCAUCAAGAACGUGAUUGAGGAUCAGCUCCCUUCCAUAGACUCUGGUCAGCAAAUUAUUCUCUUAUCUGCUGGUGGCAAUGAUGCUGAACUUGUCAACAUCCUGAACCAAUGUGUCUAUCAAUGGUUUGCUUUGAACGACCAGCACUCUACUGUAGGCAAAGUUGCUGAAAUGAAAGGUGAGCCAUGGGCCAAGGGAUGGGACUGGGACGCUGCGUCUCGCGGCUGUCUAGGUCAACUCCAAUAUUCCAAGAACAUCAUAAACACCGAUGAGUUCUCCAAAAGGAUCGACUCGAUGAUCGAGGCAACCAAGAAGAAACUUUCUCCAGACGGCAUGAUAUACUACACAGGGUAUGCCAAGUUUUGGAGCACCGACUAUGGGUCUGCUUGUGACAAAGUGUCAUGGUCAACCUGGAUAUUUAAAUCAUACAACAUUUGGCAGCCUGCUGCUCGUCUUGAAGAGUUGCGGCGAAGAGAAAUGAACAGGCUGGUUGAUCUGAUCAACGACAAGAUUGAAGCUGCUGUCAAGAGAGCCGGCGACAAGGUGACAUUCAUCAACUACGAUGAGUAUGUCGGCCACUUCAAAGGCCGAUACUGCGAAGACGGCGUUGACGAGUCGGUGGUCGAAAGUAAUACAAGACCGGAAUUGAUGUUCUACGAGCUCGAUACUUUUGACCCAUGGGGUAAUAAGCCGUGGAAGAGGAGCACUGUAGAGCACCAGAACGGCUCAUUUUCCGGUGACAUGAACACGAUGGCACGAGCAGCUGAGUUUGUCGCACCGGAUGUGGCCUUCAGGCAGGAGCACAAAAUUGAAGAAGAUUCCGAGCUUCAAGGUCUCGAGGCUGCAGCUAAAGAGGGGGCUACUGAAGAUGUGCCGAAUCUUUUGCCAGACGGUUACGGCCGUGUCUUCCAUCCCCAGAUCCUGCUACAUGAGCUUAUCGCAAACCUCGUUCUUUUCGAAGUCUCCAACCGCCGCAUGGAGGAGAACAAUAUGGUUCCGGAACCUCUUCUUGACACAUCGGUAGCGCAGUGCCCGAUCAAUCCGUCUAGCAGUAUUAUCCUGAAGUACAAGGAGACUGAGCCUGGCGAGGCAGUCAAGAGGGGUACCGAGCUGAGGAUCCUUCCGGUCGGUGACUCUAUCACAGUGGGUUACCUGAGCGACAGGAACGGAGGUGACGGAGAUGGGUACCGUAGACAAUUAAAGAAGGAUCUUUCUGGAGACAAGGUUGUCUUUGCUGGUACAGAGUCAUCGGGUACAAUGAUUGAUGGAAACUAUGCAGCAUGGUCUGGAAAGACUAUCCAGUACAUUUCUGAUCACGUCGGUCCAUCACUCAAGCAGCGCCCUAACAUCAUCCUACUCGCAGCUGGUACCAAUGACAUGAACCCCAACUAUGGCAUCUCGAAAGAGGGGAAUGAUCCAAAGGGUGCUGCCGAUAGACUUGGCAAGCUCAUUGACAAGAUGGUCAAGACAUGCCCGGAUGCAACCAUUUUGGUGGCCAUGAUUAUCAACACAUGUGAUGAGAAACAAUCACCUGCUACAAAGGAGUUCCAGAAGCUUGUUCCUGGUGUCGUUAGGUUGCGUCAUGAUAACGGUAAACAUGUCUUGGCCGUGGACUUUACAACCUUCAAGACGAGCGAUCUUCAAGAUUGCAUCCACCCUACCAACGAUGGGUACAUGCUUAUGGGCGACUAUUGGUACAGCUUCAUCCACCAGAUUCCCAACAGUUGGAUCAAGAAGCCAGUUGGACCAGACCCCAGCGGUGGUGACGGUAAUAAUGGCGGCAUUGAUAAGAACAUCCCUGCCCCGGAUUGGGGAAAGAGUCCUAUUCAGGUCACUUCGAAGAAGACAGUCGCAGAUGCAGCCAAGUAUGCGACUGGUGGAAAGGACAAGUACGUUACUUGUGAUGGCAAUCCUUGGUAUAAGGGUACUGGAAAGAUUGCUCAGGGUGACGUUGGUAAGAAUGGCGAUUGGAAGUAUCACAAAGACUGGAAAGCUGAGGGUCAGGUUGCCGAGGGACUUGGCUUGGACAGUCAAUAUAUUCAUCCCAAGACCGGAGAAAUCACAUGUUGGCUCAACAAUCUCCCCAAACCAUGGUCAAAGGCUGGUAACAACAAUGGUAUCAUUGGUAGCGGAGUUGGCCCCGCGAAGACUAUCUAUCUGGCGGAUAUGAACGGGGAUGGGAUGGAUGAUUACCUCGUGGUAGACCCGGACAACGGGUCGGUUCGCGUAUGGUGGAAUUAUGGCCCUGAUGACAGCUGGGAUAACGGCUGGAAAUUCGUUCCUGGCGGCGAGAUCGCUUCAGGAGUGCCGCACGCCAACCUCGAGACUUUGCGAUUCCCAGACAUCAACGGCGAUGGACGAGCUGACUAUGUCUACAUUGGUGAAGGUGGAUCGCUGAAACAUCAUCUGAACACUGGUUCUGCCGGAGGACGAGAUGUUCUGUUUCAUGCUAUGGGGGGUAUCGCUACUGGAGCCGUCAGUGACAUCUCCAAGUUGGUAUUUGCUGAUAUGAAUGGAGAUGGCCGUGAUGACUAUUUGAUCUGGGAUGAAGACGGUGGUCUAACAGGAUUUCUCAACCAGCCUACCAACAGGGAGGGUGUUCCUCUCUUCGUAAACCAGGGUCCAGCCAAGACCAUUGCAGAUGGUAUCAAGAAGAAGCCAAGCACUAUUCGAUUAGCAGACAUGGAUGGUGAUGGGAAGGACGACUACGUCUACGUUGGCGACCAUGGUGCACUUUCAGUCUGGUAUAACAGAGGGACUACCGAUGACUCUAUGGCGAUUGACGGCCUUCGUUUCGCUGACAUGGAUGGUGAUGGAGUGGAUGAUUAUGUCUGGCUUGACCCCAAGACGGGAGCUCCAACUGUUUACCUCAACGACGGAGUCAACGACGGAGACUCUAUUGGAUGGGCAUGGAGCCCGAUCAAUGGCGGUAAGCCAAUCGCUUCUGGUGCUGCACCCGCAAACCAGGUCGUUUUUGGCGACAUCAAUGGCGACGGGUUGGAUGAUUACCUGGAUCUGGACCCUAAGACCGGCUUGUUGAAAGCUUACCUCAAUUUGGGGCGAGAGUCAGACUGGAAGUUCCGGCCUAUAGGCACGAUCGCAUCAGGCCUAGGGCCGGGGAAGCGAGUGCGCAUCGCCGAUAUUGAUGGUGACGGGCGUGACGACUACAUCUUUCUCAAAGACAACGGCGGCACAACCAUCUACCGAAACAUCUAUGGGCCCGACAACGACGGCGACAAGUAUGCCCCAAUGUCAGACGCAGAUGCUUCGGGUAUCAACCAAUCACCGGACGAGAUCGACUUUAUAGAUAUGAACGGUGAUGGUAAAGCGGACUAUGUCUGGACAUCUCGGCUCGAUGGCAGCGUCAAGGUUUGGUACAAUGACUACCCUAAGAAACCCACCUGGCGAGAAGCGGGCGAGGUCGCAGGCGGCGUCGGGACAUCUGGCGCAAAUAUCCGAUACGCGAAGCUACAGAAGACGGGUCGAUAUGAUUACGUCGCCGUCGACCCAAAGACAGGAGCCAUCGGUGCGUGGCUCAAUGGGUGCGGCGACCCUGAUACUUCGAAGAAGAAGCACAGAAUCAUCAUUGGCCGAUAUUUACCUCAAGUUUGGCUCAUCAUGGAAAAGACUGUAGACAAGGAUUUCUCUUACAAAACGUGUGUCAAUACAGGGAAGGGAGGAGACACGCGUGGUACUCCGGUUUUAAACACAACAACUGACGACAAGUUUCCCGCUGCUCUGAAGAGCGGUGAUACGAUGGAUAAGCUUUAUGGGAAUACGUGCUUUUACGAGGGUAGUACUGAUAGAGUCGGAAAGCUUGUUUGUGACGGGGUCAGUGGGAUUAGAUGCUAUAAGGACGAGAACUUUGGGAAGCUACAGAAAUGUAGGUUCGGGUCUUACACUUAUGUUUUGUAUUGCGAAUGGUAG